AUGUCUGAUCAAGACUCUCACACAAAUAAAUAUGGGGAAUUUCGAAGUACGUAUAAAUACUACAUCGACUCAUUUAUUGCUUUGUAUCAGCUGAAAACGGAAAACGAAGAAGAUUUAAACUCGAUUUACAAAAUGAUCAAAACAGAAUUGAUCGAUUCAAACAACCAUUUUCCAAAAAUCAUUGUAAGAGACAUUUUAAAUAUCAUUCCGUAUAAUAAUCGCUAUUCAAAGUCUUAUUUAUAUCUUGCUAAACGUAUCACUGAUGAUUACCAUGUAACAUCGAUCAACAAAAUUCCUACCAUUUCUGCCUUCCAGUUUUAUAAAGAGUAUGGAAUUACAUUAUACAAAUUCAAAGAAUUCAAAGAAAUUAAAUAUGAAAAUCCCAACAUUCUUUCAGAAAAUACAAUUUUUAGAGCAAUUAUGAAUGAUGACAAAGAAAGAUUCAUUCAGUUCAUUGAAAGCGAAGAAUUUAAUAAAGAUAAAACGCUUUACAACCAUUUAUAUCCUAUUUUGCCUGAUAAAGGAUUAUCAUUACUUGAAUUAUGUUGUUAUCACGGAGCAGUUGAUUGUUUCAAGUUAUUAAGAACGAAAUUUAACUCACAAAUAACUGAAAUAUGUCUUCGAUUAUCAUUUUUAGGAAGAAAUCAAGAAAUUUUGAGUGAAUGUUUGAAACAUCAAAAACCUGAUGGAGAAUGCAUGAAAUACGCAAUUAUUUCCCACAACAUAGAUUUUGUUACAUUCUUAAUGAAUGAACACAAUAUAAAGAUCGAUUUAUUAGCUUGCGGACAAUACAAAAAUCUUGAAUCAUUUUUAGUUUAUUUCGAUCAAAAGAAUGAUAUAAACAAAUAUUUUGUUGUUUCAACUUUGUUUGAUGUUCCUUUCUCAUGGUGCAAAUAUCAAUGA